UAAAAAAAAUAAUAAUAAUAAUAUUAAAAGUAAAAAAUUAUUCAAAUCAAAAAUAUUUGAUUAUAAUAUUUGAAACUUAUUCAAAAAUGACAACUUCAAAAGAAUUAAAUUUAGCUAGAAAGAGUCUUGUAGCCUCGCUUGGUGAAAAUGCAAAAAUAUACUUUGAAAAGAUGAAACUUUGGUUUCAGAUGAAGACAACGAAAGAAGAAUUUGAUUGCGAAGCACGAAAUAUUAUGACAGAAGAUCAAGUUCAUCUUCAUAAUGAAUUUCUUCUUUGUUUAUUUAAUAAAGUUAGAGGUUUAGCUGCUGCAACACCUACACGAAAAUUAGAUCGAGAUAAAGCUAUAAAAGAAAAAAGAUUAAGAUUAAAACGUAAAUAUAAAACUGAUAAAUCAAAUUUUGAGCCUGCAGAUAUGUAUGUUGAAGUCUUAAGUCAAACUUCGUCACCUGUUGGGGAUGAGCCUAUUGGAGCCAAUCGUUCUAGUGCUCAAGAACUUGUUCUGCCAGAUAGAACUUUUGUUUUAGCAAGAUUAAUGUUAGCAGCAUGGGAAAAUAAUAUGGAUGGAGCAGAAGAAAAUACUGCACAUAUAGUUAUUGCAGCUACACAGAUUUUUUUAAAAAAUAUACUUACAGCAAUAUUUACAAGAAGGAAAGGAUAUGCUAUUAGAGAUGGUUCAUUUAUUUAUAAUAUUGGAGAACCAGUACCUAGUUCAUGGAAAAGAAAUUCUACUCAUAUAUUAAAAUCAUCAGAUUAUACUGCAACAGAAAUAAUAGAUCCUUAUGGUCAAGUUCCUAUGAUAAAACCAAAUAUUGAAGAAGCAGAACAAGCUACAGCUUUUGCUUAUGCAUGUUCUCCACAAAUUAUUCCACCUUCAUUAAAACCUGUUAAUACAGCUGAUUUACAAUAUACACUAAAGAUCUAUAAAAAUCUUGUUAGCAAUCAUACUAUAUAUGCAACUAAUAUGGAACGUUUAUUUACAUAUUCUACACAUCCAACAUGGGAAGAUCUUGAAGCUAAGAAAUUAUCAUGUCAUCAAUAUAUAAUAUAAAUAAGUUGUUUUUCUUAAAUAAAUAGAUUACAUUUUAAAAUAAUUAUUUAAAAUAUAUAUAAAUUAAAGAUUUAGAUUUAUAAUAUUUUUUAAUAAAAUAUACUUUGUUAAUAAAAUGAAUUGUAAAUUAAUUUAAAAUAUAUAA